AUGGCACAGAACUCAACUUCCAACAAGGAACACCCUCUUGCGGGUGUGGUCCUCUGCUUUACCUCUAUUCUGCCAGAACAACGGACUGAGCUAGCCACAAUUGCCAGUCAGAUGGGAGCAGCUCACAAGUUCGACCUCACGUCCGAUGUCACACAUUUGCUUGUCGGCGAGAUCAAUACCGCGAAGUAUAAGUUUGUCGCACGGGAGCGGAGUGACGUUGUUGUUCUCAAACCAGAAUGGGUUGAGGCAGUGCGGCAGUCAUGGAUGCGGGGUGAAGACACCGACAUUCGGGCGUUAGAGCAGCAGUAUAGACUACCAACCUUCAUGGGCUUAGCUAUCUGCAUAACAGGCUUUGAGGAUAUGGCUUAUCGAAAUUACAUUCAGGACACCGCUGUCUCGCAUGGCGCUGACUUUAGGAAAGACCUUACGAAGAGUGUGACCCAUCUCAUCGCGCGGAACACAGAAGGCCAGAAGUACAAAUUCGCGACACAGUGGAACAUUAAAGUUGUUACGAUCAAGUGGUUCACUGACAGCAUCGAGCGUGGAAUGGUUCUUGACGAAACUCUAUACCACCCUCUUCUACCACAAGAACAGCAAGGUGUGGGCGCAUGGAAUCGCACACUGCCACCAGCCAAGGAGAAAGCUGCGGAAGCUGAGAAUUCAUCCAAUCCGCGGCCUAGGAAGCUGCGCAGGAUCGCAAGCACUAAGCUCGUUGACCAGAACGAAGGAAUCUGGGGUGAUAUCGUGGGUGCAGGAUUCGAGAACGAGCUGAGAUUGUCAACGAACAGCCAACCUAAAAACGGCAACCUGACAUCCAUGAAAAUCACGAGAAAAGCAUCCGUUGUGCAGGAAGUUAAAUCCUUUGCCAGCGAGACCACGUUUGCGGAAGCCCAGGGGUCUCGUCCAGAAACUUCUGAAGUGAGACCUGCUAACAGCAAUGGUUUUCUGGAUGGCUGUUAUUUCUUCAUAUAUGGAUUUUCUCCCAAGCAGACCGGUGUACUGCGUCACCACCUUUCAUACAACGGAGCUCAGCUCGUGAGCUCUUUAAGCGAGUUUUCGCGCCCAGACAUUCCUAAAAGAGGGCAUGGACUCUACACGAUAGUGUCGUAUAAGACGCCGCGGUCUGAGAUCCCCUCCACGGAUGAUCUGGCGUUCGAGUGUGACGUGGUGACCGACAUGUGGCUGGAGAGAUGCCUCGAGGCGAAGACCUUAGUGCCACCCGAAUCUCACAUCGCAUGUACACCCUUGCCCAUAUUUCCCAUUCCAGGAUUCCAUGGGAUGAAAAUCUGCUCGACCGGGUUUUCUCGCAUCGAUCUAUUGCAUUUAUCAAAGCUGGUCGAUUUAAUUGGUGCUACAUAUGACGAGUACCUAACGCCGAAAGCCUCUGUCCUGGUAUGCAAUGACUCGCGCUCAAUGAAUAACGAAAAGCUGCGACACACUUCCGAGUGGAAAAUCCCAGCUGUCACCGUGGAUUGGCUAUGGUCCUCCAUCCUAUCAGGGCAGAGAAAGGCAUUCGAACCAUAUAUUAUACAGAGGUUGUCGCAACCCGAAAAGAGCUUGGAAGUGCGAGCUGGCUCUCGUACGGAGCAGAAACGUCUAUCCGAGAGCUCUGAUAAGCCCAACAGGACUGCGCAGCCAGACUCCCAAAAUACGGAAUCAAAGAGACUUGAUCUGAACGGGUCCACCAAGAGCAAUGCUGCUGAUAAGCCCUCCAAACCCAAUACUGAAGAUGAAUCAGUGAAGCCACCACUUCCAUACAAACGACCCUCACAGUCAGCAUCAGUCUCACCUACCAAAGAAACCCGACCAACAAACACAGCCUCACCCUCAAACAAGCGAAAAGCAUCAGACCAAUACACAACCUCCGCACAAUCCGCAAUCGAACUCGCCGUAAGCGGAUUUCUCAAGCAAGCACGAGCAGCAAACUCGCGUUCAAAAUCCGAUACACCAGACCAAGAAAGCGAUAGCCUCCGCCGAAGGCGCCGGAAACCACUCCUCGGACGAGCACCAUCCCACUCCUCCGCACAGGGCGUCUUCUCCCGCGCCAGCUCAAUCGACACACUCAACGAAGAUGGAUGCGGCAGUGCCGUGGAAAGCAUCAACACAGAGGGGAUCAACUCUUUCCUUACAGGCGGGCGAUUCGAGCUCUCAGAAUCUCAACGUCGGAUCGAGGAAGAAGAAGAUGAGGAACCUGCAAUGACGCAGCUGAACUACGAGGAUCCCGAUGCCGUCAAAAUGCGCGAAGAGUUCCUGAGUCAUGCUGGCAAACUCGCCAAUAAGAAGAGAUCUGCCGAUCAGGGCGUGGUGGUGGGUGAGGUCAGGGAAUUGGAGGAUGUUGGCUGGGGAACAGGUCGAAGGACGAGGAAUGCGGUUAAAAAUUCGGAGGAUGAGUUGUAA